AUGUGGGCAGGUGUAGGGUCCAAAUCUCUUCAACUCAUUUCCACUCGAGACGUUGGGCUUUUCGCUGCCAAGGCGUUCCUACUGCCCGACAUGUUCAAGGGGAAGUCGAUGUCAAUUGCCGGCGAUGAGUUGAAUUUUGAGCAGGCAAAACUGGUGUUUCGGGAGACUUUGGGACGUGAUAUGCCAGAGACGUACGCCGUUGUGGGAUGGGGGAUCAAAAAGGGAGUAAGAGAGAUGGGGAUGAUGUUUGACUGGUUCAGGAAGGUGGGUUGCAAAGCUGAUGUGGCGGAGUGCAGAAAGCUGGUGCCCGAGUUGCAAGAUUUUGGGAAAUGGUUGAUGGAGAGCAGUGGCUUUGAGAAGAGGACGUGA